AUGGAACAACAAAUUCCUCAAAAAAUGGGAAACGAAGCGAGCUUACCGACGGUAGGCGGAGACAAUGCAAACAACCGUCUUGUCCUCUCCUCCAAAGAGAAUCCGACAAGUAAAAAUGAUGAAGAACCCGCGCAUAUUCAAGCACACCAACCAAAUGGAGAUAACAAAACUGUCACGGAAACCGAUGUUAAGAACGUUGCCAAAGCCGAAUCCAAUUCAACACAACCAACUGUUCCGCAACAACCAGUUGAGACUCAAAAAGUCAUUCCAGUUAUUGGAGAAAAGCUUCCAAUGGAAAUCGAACCUCCUCAAGAAGUUGUUCAUCCAAAGAUGGAAGAGGAGCAACCCAAGGAAGACUUAAUUCAAGGCGGUACUCAAAAAGAAGAGGAGAAAUGUGGUACUCAAGACACUCCUGUCACUCAAAUGGAAGUCAUACCUCAAGAGAACAAAGAAAGCGAACUCCCUGUAAAUGUUCCACAAGAAACUACUACACCUCCUUUACCUGAAAAGAAGAAAGUGAAGUUCUCAAUCACUCAAGCCCCUGAAAAGACGGCGCCACAAAUCGGAGUUGAACCCCCUCAAGUUACCGUUCAAGCAGAUAACGUGAUUAUAAUGGAAGAGUCACAUCCUUUGGAACAAACUAAAGAAGUCAAAGAAGUCAAAGAUGUUAAACAACAAGUCGAAGAACAUGACGUCAUCGAAAUAACUGAUGAUGAGCACGAACCAAUUAUUGGGAACAAAAUUAUAGAAAAGGUCGAAGCGAUAUGGAACUCAUAUGUUGUACCAUCAAUGCCAGUCAAUACCGCAACCACUCAACCUGAAACAAAAGAAGUCAUUGAAGUCGAUAAAAAUGAAACUAAAAAAGAAGAGAACGUUGAAACUCGAGUAGAAGUCCCUGAAAAAACGGCAACUCCUGUCCUGACACAAAAGGAAGAAAAACCCGUUCGAUUUUCUAUUACAAAAGCGCCGAAGUCUUCUGUUGUCAUCGAACAAAGUGUCCAAGAAGAUAUCAAAGAGAGUGUCGUUGUACCAACCGAAGUUGUUGAAGCGCCAAAAGUCGAAGUUAAAAUGGACGAACAAGUCAAUGAACUUCCAAAAGAAGAGAAGAUUGUUGUGGAGCAACAGAACACCGUCCCAAUGGAAAUUGAACAAGAAAAAGACCAACUCGAAGAAAAGCAACUUGAAGAGGUGGUUCCUAUGGAAAUUGAACCUCUUAAAGAGAGUGCUGAAGUAACGACACAAGUGGUUGAUAUCGAAAUUCCUGACAUUCAAAAUGAGAACAGUAAAGUGUCUGGAACGACAGUAAUGGCAAUUGAAGAAAGUCCAAAGAAUAAUUUACAACAAAACAAUGAAGCGAAAACGCCGGAGAGAGUGGAGUCGACGGGGAUGGAGAAAAUGUUUUCGUGUGAUAAACAGAAGACAAUUGAAGUUGAUAUAGACGGAGAGACGACAUUAAUACCGGAAGAACGCCCUGUUGAUAAUCCAGUUGUUUCACAGAUCAUUAAACAAAUUCAAAACGAGACGGAGGAGGAGAACAAGAAACUUCCGAUGAAGGUGCGUGUGUCUGAAUCGUUCAUUGCGUGCAAUGCACUUUCCGAAGAGUCGGCGCCAUCGGUCACUUUUUCAACGCUACCAGAAAUCAAUUCUGCUGUAUUUGAAGCGAUGGAGAAAGGGGAGGCAAUUGGUAAAGAGAAAUGUGCUGCGAUGAACAGUGUUGAAAGUGAAAGGAAGGAAGAAAAGGAUGGUCAAGAGAAUGCUCCGACUCCUUUGUGUGAUGCGAAUAAGAAGAUGGAAGAAGAACCACAAAAAGUGGACGUGAAAAUUCCAAUGGAAAUUCAAGGAGAAAAGGAAAAGACCACACAGAUGGAAGAAGAAAAGCCCGCCGAAGUGAUUCAAAACGGCGAACUUUCCAUUGAAAAAGGUGAAGAGAAAGUCGAAGAGAAAAUAACUGAAGUUGUUGAAGAGAAACGAGCGAAGAAUGAAGCGCCAGCAAUGUUGGCACAACUUGCAUCGACUGUUGAGAAACUCACGUGCCCUGCGGAGAAAAUUGUUCACAAAAGUGUUUUAGAAGAGAAAAGAGAGGAGAAGUCGAUUCAGAAGAAUCUAACUGAAAAGGCUGAGGAGAAGGAGGAAGGGAAUGUUGUUGAGAAGAAAGCGACGAAAUUGAGUGACGAAAUCACGAAAGAGAUGGCAAGAAAGAUGAUGGGAGAAGAAGAAGUGGUCGAAGGGGAUGACGCAUAUCUUGACCAAGAAGACAGUUUCUUUGUUGAUAAUGUUGAUUCCCAACUUGAAGAUGUUUUGGGGGAUGAAGGCGAAGAAGACUCAGUUAGUGGGUUCCAAACUGCAUACGAUAAAUUACAGAGAAAAGACAGUAAGAGGAGAGAGAGAAUAGUGAAGAGAAGAAGAGUCUUUUCCGUCCAAGAAAUGCUCGAAGACGAGAAAGAAGAAAAGAAGGCAGUGAAAGAGAAAGUUGAAAAGGAAGAAGAGAAAAUCUGUGUUAAAGAUGAGAAGAAACCGCAGCCUAACGAACAGAAGGAAGAAAUUCGACAUGCGAAACACCACAAGACAACACAGAGAAGAGUUCAUAGUGUGCAAAGUGUAUUGGAGGAGGUUCUUGAAAAGAAGAGAGUGACAAGAGAGAAAAGAAGUAGCAGUAGAGUUACCAGUGUGAUGGAAGAGUUGAUUGAUUAA